AUGAAGGUUGAGAACAACUAUCUGAAAAUUACUUCACCAGAAUUGUGGAGUCUCGACGGCUUUGUCGAUUGGUGUGGCUCGUAUGAUAUAUUUAAGGGAGACAAAGUGAAAAUCUUGGACCAUAUAAAAAAAGGACUUGAGAAAGUCAAGAAUAAUGUACUCAUUAAUGAAGGUAUACGACAGAAGGCAACUAAACUGUUCAAGGACUUUCAGCAGACAUGGAGAUCCUCACAAACAAUAACGGAAUAUUUCAAACAGCUUGAGAUUCGUUAUCAGACCAAACAGAAAUUGGAAGUAAUUGAAAGUCAGAAGACUAUUGAGCUCGCCGAAAUCGAACGUAUGAAGGUUACUCAAUUAUGGAAUAAUACAGAAUCAGUAGCGAAGAUUCAUCAGCAUGUUUCUGAUAGCUUUGUAGAAUUUAGCAAAGAAAUGACAAGAAUACCAAAACGCAUAUUAGAAUCUGAUCGCGAAAGUAAUCCUGAUAAAAAACAAAAGCCUUCGGCAUUGGAAGAUAGCGAUGAUGAAUUAAUUAUUAUAGAUGAUGAUGAGGAAAUAAAUAAUCUUACAAAGGCAGAUGUCUUAUUCACGGUCAAGGAAAUCAACAAAAUUAUUCACACAGCUGGAAGCAAUAAUAUCUGCACAACUUCAUUGGAAGAUACACCAAAACAAGAUAAAAAGAAAGUCAUAAAGAUCAUAAAGAAAGCUAACGAUUCAUAUCCAGAAUCGCCUUGUCCUGGAUCACCAGGCUCACCGUUGAUAUAA